ACGAAAACCAGACUAAAUUUGAUGCCAUUUCGGGAAGAAAGUACGUGCACGCAGCCAUGUUGACCCCGUAGCUCGACGUCAUUUCCUUUUCCGGCGGCCCACUCUGCAGUCGCAACCAUGCCUCUCGCAAAGGAUCUACUUCAUCCGUCACCAGCUGAGGAGAAAAGAAAACACAAGCUGAAGAGGCUAGUGCAGCAUCCUAAUUCAUAUUUCAUGGAUGUCAAAUGCCCUGGCUGUUACAAGAUCACAACAGUUUUUAGCCAUGCCCAGAGUGUAGUUGUUUGUGCAGGCUGCUCAACCAUCCUGUGUCAACCAACUGGCGGAAGGGCGAGGUUAACAGAAGGCUGUUCUUUCAGAAGAAAGCAGCACUAGGAGUUUCACUGAUCUAUAAAAGGAAAGAAAACACCUUGGAUGACUGGCUUUGUAUUGUUACGAAAUUCCACUGAUUUUUUUAAAUUCAAAUAAAGCUAUUCAAGGGAAACAA